AUGAAGAUCCAAUUUCUCUUGACCUUCAUGACCAUUGGUCUCUCCGUGGCUCACAGAGGCAGGGACAUGAAACGGGCCCCAGAAUGUUCAGUGAUCUGUACCGCUGACUUCAAACCCGUGUGUGGUAUGGGCAGCGAUGGGGCCCUCAAGACCUUUUCCAAUGCAUGCCAACUGAAGGCUGCAGCCUGCGAAAACUCCGCCAACGCUUUUACCAUGCUUCGUGAAGGGUCAUGCUAG